GUGGGAAGAACUUAAUCUUUAUUAGCCCAUCACUACUGAUCUUGAGACACUAAAGACACAACGAGCUGAAUUUCAGGUGGCCAAGUUUUUAUCAGGCUUGAAUGCUAACUUACAGCCUAUGAAGAGUCAACUUCUUGCUGGAGAGAGAGUUCCUUCUAUGAAUGAAGCAUUUUGUCGGAUUCAGCGCAUUGUCCCUUCGUCUGCUACAUCAUCUAAAGAUAAUUCAGCAUUUGUGGCUAGUAGUGGUGUUCGUGGUCGUGGUGGAUUUUCUAAUAGAGGUCGUGGUUUAGGGGGAGGUCGCGGUCGUGGUGGUGGACGUAGUGGACAAAAUUCUGAUCGAGAUAGCCGUCAGUGUAUAUACUGCGGCAAAUCUGGUCAUAUUGUUGACACAUGUUGGGCCAAGCAUGGCAAGCCUGAGUGGGCUCAGCGAUUAGUUACUGCAAAUGCUGCUAUGUCUGAAGGGAGUGUUGGAAAUGUGUCUUACGGCGACACGAAUCCAUCUAUCCCAAGUGGGGGUAGUUCUUCUGAGUCCGCGUCUCGGGAUGAUAUGGUCACACAACUCAUCAAGCGUGUCCAACAACUGGAGGCUUCCAAUUUCUCAUCCACCGCCACUCUUGCACGUACAGGACCUUCAGACAAAGAAGAAGAUUGGUGGAGGGCAUGAACAUGAUGGACUCUAUUAUCUGGAUGGUGUCUCCACUGCUGACGCUAAUAGUCUAGCUGCUAGUCUUAUUACCCC